CCUGUUCUGUUCAUGUAUCAUCGCGAUAGUUUGACCUCAGUGGCGGCCCCCUGUCUUCAGUCCGGACGGAGUUGUUUCUGAGGUUUGAAUGAAAAACAGUGCAAAUUACCCUCGACUUUGGACCCAGGAAAUAAUGGCUUCAGCCUUGGAGCAGUUUGUGAACAAUGUGCGGCAGCUCUCCGCUCAAGGCCAGAUGACUCAGCUCUGCGAGUUGAUCAACAAGAGCGGGGAGCUGCUGGCCAAGAACCUGUCCCACCUGGACACGGUUCUGGGGGCUCUGGACAUCCAGGAGCACUCCCUGGGCGUGCUGGCUGUGCUAUUUGUGAAGUUCUCCAUGCCAAACAUCCCUGACUUUGAGACGCUGUUCUCCCAAGUCCAGCUCUUCAUCAGUACCUGCAAUGGAGAGCACAUUAGAUAUGCAACAGACACUUUUGCUGGUCUCUGCCACCAGUUGACAAACGCCCUCGUAGAGCGGAAACAGCCAUUGAGGGGUGUUGUCGUCCUAAAACAGGCAAUAGACAAAAUGCAGAUGAACACAAACCAACUUACCUCAGUUCAUGCAGACCUGUGUCAGCUGUGCUUGUUAGCGAAGUGCUUCAAGCCCGCGCUGCCGUUCUUGGAGUUGGACAUGAUGGACAUCUGUAAGGAGAACGGAGCGUACGACGCUAAGCACUUUUUAUGUUACUACUACUACGGUGGCAUGAUCUACACGGGCCUCAAAAACUUCGAAAGAGCACUGUAUUUUUAUGAACAGGCAAUAACCACUCCAGCCAUGGCAGUGAGCCACAUCAUGUUGGAAGCCUAUAAGAAAUACAUCCUGGUGUCGCUCAUUCUCCACGGCAAAGUGCAGCCACUGCCCAAAUACACCUCUCAGAUCGUGGGGAGGUUCAUCAAGCCCCUGAGCAAUGCAUACCACGAGUUAGCUCAGGUUUACACCACCAACAACCCGGCGGAGCUGCGCGGCGUCGUCAACAAACACAGCGAGCAAUUCACACGAGACAGCAACACGGGGCUGGUGAAGCAGUGCCUCUCCUCUCUCUACAAGAAGAACAUCCAGAGGCUAACCAAG